CGUCGCACCUAAAAAAUGCGGGGGGGGAAAUGCAAAAACCGUACAGCACUACGCUCCUGGAGGUGCUCCUUCUAAUAGGACACCUACUGUGACAUGGAUUGGUUCUCUGCUGGGGUUUUGGAAAGUUUUGUCAGUUAAAAGCACUCAUUGACAUGUGACGUGCGAAGUGUAACCUAGACGUUAAGAUGUCCACCCGAUGCUGCAGCGCGCUAAACAGGGAAAUGGAAGAGUGGCGAAAGAGCUGCUGGUCAUGCGGGUGCUGUCCAGGCUGGCGCUGGUGCUGAAGGACGCGCGCACCCUGUCCUUCCUGCGCGACGUCCUGUGCGAGUUCGUGGGCACCGCCCUCUUCCUCUUCGCGGGCCUGGCCUCGGUGGUGCUGUGGCAGGGCGGGCCGGUUUCGGAGGGCGCCCCCGGUCCCGACCCGUCGCCGGCGGCGGCGGGGGGAGGGGGGGGUCCGUCCCCGGCGUUCCUCUCCGCGUGCCUCCCCGACCCGCUCCGCGUCGGCCUUGCCUUCGGGACCGCCCUCGCCCUCGUCUCGCUGUGCCUGGGGCCGGCCACCUCCGGCGGGGUCCACCUCAACCCCGCGGUCACCCUGGCGACGGUCGUCGGGCUGCGGGCGACCCCCUGGAGGGCCAUCCUGUACGUGGGGGCGCAGCUGCUGGGAGCCCUGUGCGCCUGUACCCUUCUGCGGGGGCUCAAACCCACACCCCUCCCGGGUCCGAUGGGUCUGAAUGAGCUGGGCCCGGGGGUGUGCCCUUAUCAGGCCCUUUCGGUGGAGGCGGCCGUCACCUUCCUGCUGGUGCUGUGCGUCGCCGUCGCCGCCCGCCCCAAAUCUCCGCUCGGGCGGCUGGGUCCCGCGGCCGUCGGCCUGUCCGUCGUUUUGGGGCACCUGGUAGCGAUGGGGCUCACUGGCUGUGGAAUGAACCCAGCCAGGUCCUUUGGUCCAGCUGUAAUGGCCCAGGACUUCCACAAUCACUGGGUGUACUGGGCGGGGCCGUGCGCCGGGGCCGUCCUCGCCGUCGCCGUGCACGACCUGCUGCUCCACCCCCGCUGGGGUUGCCCCGGCGACUGGCUGGCGGAGCUGAGGGAGGUGUUCCUGACCGGCCAGCGCCAGCCGGCCCGGGGUGCGGAGCGGGCGGGGGAGUAGUGCUCCGCGCGGACGGACGGACGGACGGGCGCGUCGAACCCCGGCCCUCGUGCAGGACAGGUGCCCACAUUAACGCCCGGAGGCGGAGUCACCCCACCGCUCCCACAGAAGGACACGCCUCUUUUCCCACACGCACACGACGCACGCAGACAUGUCAGCUACGGAUACUGCUGUUCCAACCGCACAGUCCGGGCUCGGUUCCUGUGCUUGGAUGCUCCUCUUCACACGUUCGGCUCUCUCUUUGCCUUUCUAUAAACAAACAGUCUACACUUCAGUUGGUCACUGUUGGGAAACAUCCUGUAUUUGAUUGGUGUUCCAAUGCGCAUCGGGUCAACAACUUUUUUUAAUUAAGGCAAUGUCACGUGAGCACGUAUUCGGUUGAAACACCGAAACGAAAGGCUUCAUUCAGUAUUUUACAGAGGUAUGAAAUCUGUGUUGUAUUUUCCUUGUUGUAUUUUCGUUCAGAUAUGACAGUAGUCUGUAGUGGAAAUGGCUUCCACCAGGUCCAAAGGCAGUCUGUCACGUUGUGCCUCGUACACUUACCUACGUUGAUAAAAAUGCAUUUAUCUUGGUGAAAUUCUCUGAAUCUGGCCUACGUACAGGUUCAAGUGUGGGUGGUGUCAGUACACAAUCCAUUCCAGUCUCCAUGGUGACGGCAUUACAGAAUUAUGGGUACAGUUCUCCAAAUGGCAGUCUAUCGCCAUUGACAUCGUGACGUUCGUAGAUUCAGUAUCAUCAAUUUCCUGCCCACAUCUCCCCACGCACCAAUUAAAUGUGUUCCAUACGGCUAAAAUCCAUGUGUUUUUGUUCCAUAUUUUUAUACUACAUAUGUAAUCCUUCUGCAGUGUUUUGUGUACUCUACUCUUCUGGAGUCUGUAGAAUGGAAACAUUUCCAGUGUGUUUCCAGCAUAUGUAGGAUGUCUUGUUGUUUUUUUUGUUUGUUUUUUUCGUGUUUUUUUUUUUU